ACGGAAGAGGAGCAGUCGUUCCCACGUGUGUCGAGUCAGGUCCCACUUUCUCCUAAGAUAUCGGAUGAAGACAUAGAGGAGGAGGAGACGGUGGAAAGGGGGAACUGGACGGGAAGGUUCGACUUCAUAUUAUCACUUCUCGGUUAUUCAGUUGGUUUAGGAAAUGUCUGGAGGUUUCCUUAUCUGUGUUAUAAUAACGGCGGCGGCGCAUUCCUGAUCCCAUUCAUAGCGAUGAUGCUGUUGGCUGGCUUUCCCCUUAUGUUUAUGGAGUUGGCGUUUGGCCAGUACGCCAGUCUUAGCCCAGUUGUGAUUUUUGAACGAUUUUGUCCACUGUUUGGCGGAAUUGGUUACGGAAUGGUGAUCGUCUCAGCGAUCGUUAUGCUCUACUAUAAUAUGAUCAUCGCGUGGACCAUAUUCUAC